AUAACCAGUGAAAGUUAUGUCCAAGUUAUAUCAUAAAUUAUGUGUACGAACAUUAUGUUACGAAUAUUAUGUUAAAAUAAUAUGUUAAAAAAUGAAGACGUGCGUGUAAAUAUUGGAAGAAGCCUAACGAGAAAGAAAAUAUAUCUUUCCACAUGUUUCCGAAGAAUGAAAGUAUUCGACAAGAGUGGAUUAUGGCAAUGGGCAAAGAAAAUUUUGUUCCUCAUGUAAAUAGUUUUUUAUGCAGCCAGCAUUUUGAAAGUGACUGUUUUUAUUAUCCUGUUGGUGGGACGAAACAACGCAUUUAUAUAAAACCAGGAUCUAUACCAACAAUAUUUAAUAUUCCCCAUUAUUCCAGGAAAUCAAAAAUGCCCUUAAAACAAAGUUUCACUAAUAUUAAUUGCAUUGUUGAAAAAAAUAAUGCAAUAGUUAAGUUUGGCAAUGAAUGUUUAGAAAGAGAUAUAACUGAGUCAAAUGUUGAAACAUAUGCCAAUGAUACUAUAAUAAAUAAUACCAAAACAUAUCAAAUAAAAACUGAAAAUACAGAGUCAAAUAUUAAAAUAACAUCAUGUGUCAAUACUACUAUGGAUACUACAAUGGAUAAUAUGAUAGGAUAUCAGAUGGCAGUUGAAGAUACAUCUAAAGAAUAUCCUGCAACUCCUAAGCGUAAAUUAAUUCGCCGGGGAAAUCCAAGAUAUAUCGGCGAUUGUACUCUUAGCGAUUUUCAGUCACCCCGAAAAGCUUUGCGGAAUUAAAAAAUUGCCAUAGCUUACAUUGAUGUACAACGUAAAAAAUUAGCAAAGAUACAAAAACAGAAUUAUCAUUUGAAAAGAAAAGUCACACAUCUUGAAGAAUUAAUGACAAAUUUGAAAAAUAAGAAAUUGUUAUCAGAUGAUGCUGCAAGAGUUGUAUCUGUAAGUAACUUAUGAAAUAAUACUGUACAAUUCUGAUAUUACUGUGACUAUUGUUACACGACACUUUUAAUCAGGUUCAAUAAUAUUGAUAGUUCUAAAACUGGCCAAACACAAUUAUUCCUCUGAACUGGAAUGACUGUGAUUAGUUUUCA